CUUGCUGGUGUUUCCCACAGCCCAGCUAAAUUGACAUUGAACGGACUGGAAUGUUGGGCUGGGCAAGCAUCUGAAAGUGUUACAUCUUCUCAAAUUCGUUUUUUCCUAGCCUGGGUAAAGAACUGCACAUGUUUGACUCUCGCCGGCCACCGUGUAGUCCUUCCUGUUCUUAAUACUCUCAUGGAGUUAGUCUGAACAUUUAAACUUUGGGACUUGCACUGGGGGAGUUGUUCGUGGUUUUUAACCCCACAGACACCCCCAAGUGUCAGUCGAACCACGCGUCUCCUGCCGGCCUUGAAAUGCUGUAAACGAGGCUGUCCCGUGGCGGUCACGUGACUGGCGUGUAGCGUUUUCUCGCCAGGCAACCGUCCUAGGGACCGACAGUGCUGGCUACGUUAUGAACGUGAUCUACCCCCUGGCGGUGUCCAAGGGGCGCCGGCUCCGCUGUGAGGUGUGCGAUGCCCCGGCCGAGCGAGUGUGCAGAGACUGCACUGUCACUUAUUACUGUGGUGUGGGUCAUCAAAGAGCUGACUGGGGCAGCAUCCACGAGAAAAUAUGCCAGCUGCUGAUUCCAGUGCGCACUUCCAUGCCCUUCUACAACUCAGAGGAAGAACGGCAGCACGGCCUGCAGCAGCUCCAGCAGCGGCAGAGGCAUUUGAUUGAAUUCUGCUACACUGUAGCCCAGAAGUAUCUCUUCGAAGGCAGACAUGAAGAUGCUGUCCCAGCAGCUCUGCAUUCUCUUCGCUUCCGCAUGAAUGUGCAUGGCCUGAGCUCAGUAGAGCUUGUGCCUGCUUACCUGCUGUUGGCUGAGGCUAGCCUUGGUCUGGGCCGGAUCGUGCAGGCUGAGGAGUAUCUUUCCCAAGCCCAGUGGACAGUCCUCAAAUCAACUGAAUGUAGUUACGCUACCCACUCUUUACUGCAUCGGAACCUGGGACUUCUCUACAUGGCUAAGGAAAACUACGAUGAAGCCCGUUAUCAUCUGGCCAAUGAUAUUUAUUUUGCCAGUUGUGCAUUUGGAACAGAGGACAUCAGGACCUCAGGAGGCUACUUUCACUUGGCUAACAUAUUCUAUGGCCUUAAAAAGCUGGACCUGGCAGACACGUUGUACACCAAGGUCUCUGAGAUCUGGAAUAAAUAUUUGGACAAUCACCACCAAGUCCUCUCACAGGCUCACAUCCAACAGAUAGAUUUACUGGGCGAACAGUUUGAGACCAACACUGGCUUGGAUGAAGCACAGGAAGCGGAAGCCAUUCGGAUCCUGACUUCAAUCUUGAAGAUUCGAGAAUUGACAUCUGACAAAUCCCCCCAAAAAACUAUCUUUGUUCUGAAGACCCUGGUCAUGCUUUACUACCUGAUGAUGAAUUCUUCAAAGACACAAGAAUAUGCCACGAGAGCCUUAAAUCUAGCCAAAGAAAGACAACUCAGUGUCUGUGAACAAAGCACCAUUCAAAAUUUACUAAGUCUCAUCAAAGCUGAAGAUGCUCACCCGGUUAAUUAGUGACCCAUGAGCUCUGCAUCAGAGGCUAUUCAAGAGGCUAUUGAAUGUCUGAUAUCCCAGCUGCGCACAGCUGCUCUAAGGUACUGAAUGGCUCAAGUUCCUACUCUCUUCCCCCAGGGGCUGCACACAGAGCUGUGUUUUUAUUCUCACACAGUGUAAGUGAGGAUAUGUAGAGCUUUAGGCUUAGAAAUCAGUAAAACUGUUGCUGUUUGUCAUGACCUUUGCGCUUGGUUUAUUAUGACUUCAUACAACUUUGAGUAAUGUCCUGUCAGCACACUAAUAUGGCAAUUGUAAUUAAACUGCAAAUAGUUUAUCAUAUUUCCUAGAAGCCUCCCUGUAAGGCACUUCCCAGGUGCCUUAAGUUUCAUAGAUCUUUGCCAGAGAAGGAGGUAGAGAAUAGAGCUGUACUGGAGCAAAGGUUCCCAUUCUAGUAAAAUUCAGUUAGCAUUGAUCUGAGGUAGAUUGUGAUUCAAAUGUCCAUUAUAACUCCUGGAAAAAUUGCUAAGAAAAUUACUCUAAAAAAUAGUUUAAAAAUCGACAAAGAAAUUAAAAUGGUGCACU